AUGGCGACGAGCGGCAGCGGUGGAGCAAUAAGCUUGCAAGCUCUGUUCCAGAGCUUGCUUCUCAGUGCCCUUCCGAAGGGCACUUCUCCGAGCAAGAAGGGUCAGUCGACGACGACGUUGGAUAAUGUGGAGAGUUUUCAGAGGCAUCUUGCUCGUGUGGAUCGGAUCCUCGGCUCUGUUCCCAGCCCCGGCGUCGGACAUUAA